UGAGAGUUGAGAAAAAGUUUGUUAAAAAAUAAAGAAAAUCCCUUGAUUAGAUUUGACCAUUUAAAUUGAUUUCUUUGUGAAACUUUCAACAAUCAACUAAAUUUUCGAGUUUAAAAAACUGUUGAUAAAUUGGUUGUAAUUUCUUUCAACAAUUGGUGACAAUUAACGGAUAUUAAUCAUGUCAACUUCAUCUCAUAUUGAUUCUGAUGCAUCUUCAUCAGAUACAACAAUCACAAUUACUAAUCAUGAUUGUGUUAAUAAUGAAAAUAAAGUGAUUAACAAAUCAUCAUCAUCAUCAAGUAUAACAACCACAACAACAACAACAACAAUUAACUCAAUAAAUUCAACACCUUCAUCGUUAAUUAAAUGUGAUAAUGGUAAGAAAGAGUUGUCAUUUGGAAUUGAUAAGUUAAUUAAUCAAUCAAAAAGUAAACCAAACAAUUUGGAUAACAAUAAUAAUCAUAAUAACAAUCAUGUUAAUCAUCAUCAUCAUAAUCGUUCACCAUCACCAAUCAAUGAAAAUAUGAAUUCAGAUCAUUCAGAUAAUUCUGAUGAUGAUGAUAUUGAUCAAGAUGAUGAUGAUAAUAAUAAUGGUGCCGGUGGAUCAUCAUCUCGAUCAUCAUCUGUUAAUACAACAACCGAUCAUCAACUUAAUCAUCUUAAUCAUCAUUCUAAUCAUCAAAGUAAUUUGGUUCGUUCAAUGAAUGUUAUGCUUUAUGAAGGCGCUUUCAGAUCAUUUCUUAAUCAUCCUCAUCACCCUGACAAUUAUAGUCAUUUACAAUCUUCGGGAGCAAUUAAAUUUGAUCAACUUCAUCCUCAUCCUCACCUUGGAUAUCAUCCUCAUCAUUUAUCAUCAUCAGUUAAUCAUUUAAAUGAUUCAGAUUCACCAAGGAUUAGUUCAUCCUCCUUAUCAUCAUCUUAUCAUUUUGAUUCAAACAAUCAAGUUAAUCACAAUGGCACCAACUCUAAAUCAGGUGAUCUAAAUUCAGUGUCACUAACUAAUAUCAACGGUGGACCAACAACGAUAUCGCUUCCAUUAGUCCACGGAUUACCCCCACUUCCACCUCGAAGAAUAGGUCAUCCGUAUCAGAAUCGAACCCCACCUAAGCGAAAAAAACCUCGAACUUCAUUCACUCGAAUUCAAAUUAACGAACUAGAGAAACGUUUCCAGAAGCAAAAGUAUUUGGCCUCAGCCGAACGGGCGACCUUAGCUAAAUCGUUGAAAAUGACCGAUGCUCAGGUCAAAACAUGGUUUCAAAAUCGUCGGACAAAAUGGAGGCGACAAACAGCAGAGGAAAAGGAGGCUGAACGUCAAGCCGCUAAUCGGCUGUUGAUGUCUUUCCACGCUGAAGCUGCUUCGGUUGGCGGUGGUCCUGGUGGUGGAGGUGGUGGUGGUAAUGGUGGUAACGGUGGGAGCGGUAAUAGUGUUGGAGGCUCUGUUGGUAGUGGAGGAUCAAAGACAAGUUUCUAUGGUGGUUUCAAUGGUCCCGAUGGUUCAUCUCUUGGUCUUUUAUCAACUCAUCCUCAUCACCAUCACCAUUCACUUCAUCCACAUAUGCAUCAUCAUCCUCAUCAUCAAAUACAUCAUCCUCAUCCGCUUCACCAUCAUCCACAACAUCAUCAUCAUCUAAUGACCACAACUCCAGUUUCUACCACUCAUUCAACCUCAUCCUCUGUAAGCUCAGCAUCUUCUUCCGCUUCCGUUUCAAUAUCAUCAACCUCAUCUUCCUCUCCAGGUAAAUCAACCAAUCACGCUGCAGCCGCAACCGCCGCCUACCUGUCCAGUUUACCUUUGAAUGCAUUGAAAAAUCUGCAACCAUGGUCAUCGGUGGCUGCUGCCGCCGCCGCAGCAGCAGCAGCAUCCGCAUCCUCAGGAGGAGAUGGUGGUGGAGGAUCAACCAAUGGAUUAACAAACACCAACAGUAACGGAGGAACCAGCGGUGGUGGAGCAAGUUCAUCGACAUCGUCAUCAUCUGAUUCCUCUCAUCAUACACUUUCCGCCGCCACAGCAUCACAUUUAGCACUCUUAGGAUGUGGUAAUCCAAUGUCGGAAUACCUUCAACCACCUUCAUCUAUGGUCUCACAAAUUUGUUAAGUAAACCACCUUCCACUCACCACCAUCAACAUCUUAAACCUUUAAUAUUAGUUAAUCCUAAAUCCUAAAUGAAAACAAUUAAAAUUAAUGAAAAAAAUUCCAUAUUCAAAACUUUCACUUGCUCGAAAAGUAAAGUUAUCACCUUGUUAACCCUCAUCAUUUCCGCUUCCGCUUUCGUUUCCGAGUUAUCAUCCUCAUCCUUUGGAUUAAAAGUAAUCGCCAUCAACUCUAGUCUGUAUUUAAUCAUCAUCAUCUAAAAUCAUCAACAAUUAACUUUUCAAUUAAUGUUCCUUUUACCCUUAAAUAACAACUUUUUAUUCAAAUAAUCAAUUUUAAUCAUAAACAAUUAGAAACGGUGCUUUGUUCCUCCAAUAAAACAAUCAAUUUAAUCAUCAACAAUAUUUAUUCCAACAAUUAGUUAAUUGUUAUCCAAUGUUAUCAACAAAACUGAAAACAGUCAGUGACAAACAAAAACAAAAAACAACAAUUAAAAAUUAAACACAAAUUAAAAAACUUAUAC